GGGGGAGGAGCUUCCGGGGGCGACGCUCAGGCCCCCUCGGAACCGGAAGUUGGGCCUGGGAUCCUUGACGUUAGGAACGAAGUCGAACCUGGAUCUGGAGCCGGGUGAGACCAAGUUGGGGAUGCACUCAUAAUGAACGUCAACCAGUCAGCUCCACCUGUGCCGCCAUUUGGGCAGCCCCAGCCUGUCUACCCAGGAUAUCAUCAGUCUGGCUAUGGUGGGCAACCAGGGUCCACAGCACCCCCAACUUCCUAUGGAGCCUACAAUGGCCCAGUACCAGGCUAUCAGCAAACACCUCCCCCAGGUGUGUCAAGAGCCCCACCUUCUUCAGAGGCACCUCCAGCCUCAACAGCACAGGCCCCUUGUGGCCAGGCUGCUUAUGGCCAGUUUGGCCAAGGAGAUGUACAGAAUGGGCCGAGCUCCACUGUUCAGAUGCAGAGGUUCCCUGGGUCUCAGCCAUUUGGAUCAGUCCCAUUGGCCCCUGUGGUCAGCCAGCCAGCUGUGCUUCAGCCCUUUGGCCCUCCCCCAACAAGUGCACAGGUGACUGCUCAGCUGGCAGGAAUGCAGAUCAGUGGUGCUGUGGCUCCAGCCCUUCCCCCUGUGGGGCUGGGCUAUGGCCCACCAACAUCGCUGGCCUCAGCCUCAGGAAGUUUCCCCAACUCUGGUCUGUAUGGCUCCUAUCCUCAGGGCCAGGCUCCUCCCCUUAGCCAGGGCCAGGGUCAUCUUGGGGCCCAGCGAUCUGCCCCACCACAGGCCUCCAGCUUCACAUCCCCAGCUUCAGGGGGUCCUCGGAUGCCUUCGAUGACUGGUCCACUCCUGCCUGGACAGGGUUUUGGGGGGCCCUCUGUGAGCCAGCCCAACCAUGUGUCCUCACCUCCUCCUCAAGCUCUGCCUCCUGGCAGCCAGAUGACUGGGCCCCCAGGACCACCACCACCUAUGCACUCCUCCCAGCAGCCAGGCUAUCAGCUGCAACAAAAUGGUUCCUUUGGACCAGCCAGGGGCCCUCAGCCCAAUUAUGGCAGUCCCUACCCAGGAGCAUCCACUUUUGGCAGUCAGCCUGGGCCUCCUCAACCACUGCCUCCUAAGCGCCUGGAUCCUGAUGCCAUCCCAAGCCCUCAACUCAAUGAGCUGCCUCCUCAGCAGAAAACCAGGCACAGAAUAGACCCUGAUGCCAUUCCUAGUCCAAUUCAGGUUAUUGAGGAUGACAGGAACAACCGGGGUUCAGAGCCAUUUGUUACUGGAGUACGGGGCCAGGUGCCACCCUUAGUCACCACCAACUUCCUGGUGAGAGACCAAGGGAAUGCAAGUCCCCGAUACAUCCGAUGCACAUCCUAUAAUAUCCCUUGCACAUCUGACAUGGCUAAACAAGCCCAGGUGCCUCUAGCAGCUGUCAUCAAGCCACUGGCAAGGCUGCCACCAGAGGAGGCUUCACCGUAUGUCGUGGACCAUGGGGAAUCUGGCCCUUUGCGCUGCAAUCGCUGCAAAGCAUAUAUGUGCCCCUUCAUGCAAUUCAUUGAGGGAGGGAGGCGCUUCCAGUGCUGCUUUUGCAGUUGUAUCAAUGAUGUUCCCCCCCAGUAUUUUCAACAUCUGGAUCAUACCGGCAAACGUGUGGAUGCUUAUGACCGUCCUGAGCUAUCGUUGGGCUCUUAUGAAUUCUUGGCCACUGUAGAUUACUGCAAGAACAAUAAGUUUCCCAGCCCUCCUGCCUUUAUCUUCAUGAUUGAUGUCUCCUACAAUGCCAUCAGAAGUGGUCUUGUUAGGCUCCUCUGUGAGGAGCUCAAGUCACUGUUAGAUUUUCUACCUAGGGAGGGUGGAGCAGAAGAGUCAGCAAUCCGUGUUGGCUUUGUCACCUAUAAUAAGGUGCUCCACUUCUACAAUGUGAAAAGCUCAUUGGCCCAGCCACAGAUGAUGGUUGUAUCUGAUGUGGCUGACAUGUUUGUGCCACUGCUGGAUGGCUUCCUGGUCAAUGUCAGUGAGUCUCGGGCAGUCAUCACCAGCUUAUUGGACCAGAUUUCUGAAAUGUUUGCAGACACAAGAGAGACAGAGACAGUAUUUGCUCCAGUUAUCCAGGCUGGGAUGGAGGCUCUAAAGGCUGCUGAGUGUGCAGGGAAGCUGUUUCUGUUCCACACCUCCCUGCCCAUUGCAGAGGCCCCAGGGAAACUGAAGAACAGAGACGACAGGAAGUUGAUCAACACAGACAAGGAGAAGACUCUGUUCCAGCCUCAGACAGGUGCCUAUCAGACCCUGGCCAAAGAGUGUGUGGCCCAAGGCUGCUGUGUAGACCUCUUCCUCUUCCCUAACCAGUAUGUGGAUGUGGCCACGCUCUCUGUUGUACCCCAGCUCACUGGUGGCUCUGUCUACAAAUAUGCUUGCUUUCAGGUGGAGAAUGACCAGGAACGGUUCCUGAGUGACCUGCGUCGGGACGUACAGAAGGUUGUUGGCUUUGAUGCUGUGAUGCGUGUUCGGACAAGCACUGGUAUCCGUGCUGUAGAUUUCUUUGGGGCUUUCUACAUGAGCAACACAACAGAUGUGGAGCUGGCUGGGCUGGACGGGGACAAGACGGUGACUGUGGAGUUCAAGCAUGAUGAUCGGCUCAAUGAAGAGAGUGGAGCCCUCCUGCAGUGUGCUCUGCUCUACACCAGCUGUGCAGGGCAGCGACGGCUCCGCAUCCACAACCUGGCCCUGAACUGCUGCACCCAGCUGGCUGAUCUGUAUCGAAACUGUGAGACUGACACACUCAUCAACUACAUGGCCAAGUUUGCAUACCGGGGGGUCCUAAAUAGCCCUGUGAAGACUGUUCGUGACACUCUCAUCACUCAGUGUGCCCAGAUCCUGGCCUGUUACAGAAAGAAUUGUGCCAGCCCCUCCUCUGCAGGACAGUUGAUCCUUCCUGAGUGCAUGAAGCUACUCCCAGUUUACCUGAACUGUGUGUUGAAGAGUGAUGUCCUGCAGCCUGGAGCUGAAGUCACUACUGAUGACCGUGCCUACGUCCGACAGCUGGUUACCUCCAUGGAUGUGGCCGAGACCAAUGUCUUCUUUUAUCCUCGGCUCCUACCAUUGACAAAGUCUCCCAUUGAGAGUGCCACUGAACCACCAGCAGUUCGAGCAUCUGAAGAGCGUCUGAGCAAUGGGGAUAUAUACUUGCUGGAGAAUGGGCUCAACCUCUUCCUGUGGGUGGGAGCAAGUGUCCAACAGGGUGUUGUCCAGAGCCUCUUCAGUGUCUCCUCCUUCAGUCAGAUCACCAGUGGCUUGAGUGUUCUGCCAGUUCUGGAUAAUCCACUGUCCAAGAAGGUGCGAGGCCUCAUUGAUAGCUUAAGGGCACAGAGGUCACGGUACAUGAAGCUUAUCGUGGUGAAACAGGAGGACAAGCUGGAGAUGCUGUUCAAGCACUUCCUGGUGGAAGACAAGAGCUUGAGCGGGGGAGCAUCCUAUGUGGACUUUCUCUGUCAUAUGCACAAGGAAAUUCGGCAGCUACUGAGCUAGAGCAAGUGGGUAAAAGGCAUAGGGUCCCAGGCCAGCUUCCAGAAAGUACACCAGGAUGGCAGAGAAAUUGGAACAGUUCCAUUAUCUUAUAAGUCAUGUAAGCUGACCUCAGUCUCUCUGGGGGGAGGGGGAGGUAUAAGGAGACACCUUUCUGGAAUCAAGUAUCCUACCACUCUGUCAUGUCCUGCUGAUGGAAGGUGCCCCUAUCUCCUCACUUUACCCUCCUUUUCCUGCUAAUCCUGUCGUAAUGAAUGUAGUUUCUCAGUUCACUGUAUAUGAUUCGGUAUUGGGGGAUUUGGAGGCACUCAGACUCUGGCAAUAUUAUGUGUCCCCUUAGACCAGCCUCCAAGAAGAGAGGGGCAGGCAGGAAGGAGUGGGAAUCCCAGGGGUACUAUACGGGGGUGGGUAGGGGCUAAUUCAGCUCAGUGUCAUCAAAAACUUCCUAUAUUAGGGACGAAACAUUCAGGUGCACAAGAGCUGGGGUAUAGACCAUAGAUGGUGGAGAGAAAAGUGGUUGGUCAGUCCUUUUUGGGCCUGGAAGUCAGCAGCCAAGUCAAAGUUGGAGAGUGGUUGAUUAGCUCUUCUGUCUCCUGCAAUGAUUGGUGAUCACUAAGUGGAUAGAGGCACAUUGUCAGAGAUGAAUGAGCCUGGGAAGUGAGUUGCAAAGAAUAUUAAGACCUGGGAGAGGUAACAGCCUCUUUCCCAGCUGGAGAGGCUCCAACACUGGAUGGUUCUGUUGGGAGCCUGGUCAUCAAUUUGCAAUACCUCACAGAGCCAGCCCCAUCCCACUCUGAACUCCCACUGGAAACACUGCUUCUCCAAGCUGGGAGUUGUUGAGAGGGGAGAGGCAGAGGUGGCUGGAGCUCUGUUCUCUCCUGCCGGGACACCACUCAAGCUCUGGUAUUGACAGAGUGGCCGACCGUUAUCUUCCAACCUGAACUGGCUGGGGCAGGACAAGGGCUAGGCUUGAUGGUGGCCAGGCUUGCCUGCUCCCAGCCUGGGAUGCCCCUGCUCCGGACCUCUCAUUUCUCUUCAUUGGUUUAUUUUUCAAUGCAUCUUUAAUUUGUAAAGAAAUAAAAUAAAUUAAGAUGUAA